AUGGCAAAUUGCUAUCUAUUGGCCUCUGGACCAUCACAAAGCAUUCUUGCCCCCAGUAAUAACAAAUGCGUAAGUGAAGUAUUAGAGAUGUUUAUCGCACUAAUUUCCAGUAACAAUACCCCUUGUGUUUCGAUUCCUGGCUCCGCCACUGCCGGCAAUGGAACUGAAUGCUCACCAUAUGAGGAAGAAAUCCCUUGGUACGACGAGAUCAUAAGGCACAUAAUCCAGAAAGUAGGCGAGUGGAGUCCUCAACUCUGCGGUCUUGACCCCAUAUACAGGCUCUUCCACUUUGAUAGGCGUUUCCCUACGUAUCAUUCCAGAUUAUACCUUGGCCAGCUUCUGGGAUGUGCAGUCGCUUCCCUAGCAAUAUACCUGGCAGCCAAAUUUUCAUUGGGUUUUUGUUGUUUAAUUGCACUGCUAAUAUACAAAUGGCGAAGAAGGCACUUGUCAAUGUAUGACAAUAUAGAAGACUUUCUACGGAGUAAUCAUAAUCUCAUGCCAAUAAGGUACUCUUACUCGGACAUCAAAAAGAUGACCAGAGGUUUCAAGGACAAAUUGGGGGAAGGAGGCUAUGGCUCUGUAUACAAGGCAAAGCUCCGUAGUGGUCGCCUUGUAGCCAUCAAGAUGUUGGGUAAGUCCAAAACCAAUGGGCAAGACUUUAUUAAUGAAGUUGGUACCAUUGGAAGGAUUCGUCAUGUUAACGUUGUGCGACUUAUUGGCUUCUGUGUUGAUGGUUCAAAACGUGCUCUAGUAUAUGAUUUCAUGCCUAAUGGGUCUCUUGACAAAUACAUUUUUUCUCAACAAAGAGAUGUGUCUUUAAGUUGCCAGAAAAUAUUUGAAAUCGCACUUGGAGUGGCUCGUGGUAUUGAUUACCUCCAUCAAGGCUGUGACAUGCAAAUUUUGCACUUUGACAUCAAGCCUCACAACAUUCUUCUAGACGAGAAUUUUACUCCCAAGGUCUCUGAUUUUGGGUUAGCAAAGCUAUAUCCAUUGGAUAAUAGCAUUGUAUCUUUGACUGCAGCAAGAGGAACCAUGGGAUACAUUGCUCCAGAACUGUUCUACAAAAACAUUGGAGGUGUUUCCUACAAAGCCGAUGUGUAUAGUUUUGGAAUGCUAUUGAUGGAAAUGGCUGGUAGAAGGAAAAACCUGAAUGCGGAUAUAGAACAAUCAAGCCAAUUUAGCCAAAUCUACUUUCCAACAUGGGUUUCUGAUCAGUUGAAGGCAGGAAAGGACAUAGAAAUAGGAGAUGAUGCAACAGAUGAGGAAAAGAAGAUCAUAAAGAAGAUGAUGAUGGUGGCUUUAUGGUGCAUACAAAUGAAGCCUAUCGAACGCCCUUCAAUGAAUAAAGUGGUGGAGAUGCUUGAAGGAGAAAUUGAGAGCCUCCAAAUGCCGCCAAGGCCUUUCUUAUACCCACAACAAAUUCCUGCAGAUGAAGUUGGUGUGGACAAUCGAAGUCCCUGUGUGUCAAGUGCUUCAGAAUCUGAAGAGAUUACUUUGAUUGCGGAUGCAAACGAAGUGAAUUAA